AUGCAUAGCUUAAGGUUUUAUGCCUCUGGGUCAUUCUUACAAGUGAUUGGAGAUACGAUGGGGUACGAUAAAGCAACUGUAUCUAGAGCAGUAAAUGAUGUAACUAAUGCUUUGCUCGAUGUUAAAGACAACUUUAUCCAGUGGCCAAAAGACAUUAAUUCUAUAAACAGAAUGAAGUGUGGUUUCCACAGACAAAUGAACUUUCCAAAUGUUUUGGGAUGCAUUGAUUGCACGCACGUCAAGAUACAAGGACCAUCAGAGGACGAGGCAGCUUUUGUCAACAGGAAGGGGUACCAUAGUGUGAACGUGCAGGCUGUGUGUGAUUACGAAGGGAAGUUUACCAAUAUAUCUGCUAACUGGCCAGGGUCAACCCAUGAUUCCCACAUCUUCAACACCUCAAACCUGUGUCAUUACCUGGAGACAAACAACAGAGGACUUGCAGACGGUUUGAUCCUCGGAGACAGCGGGUAUGCAUGUCGCCCUUUUCUCAUGACACCCUAUCCAAAUCCCAGAGAAAGACACCAGCAAAGAUUUAAUAGAGCACACUCCAGCACAAGAUCCAUUAUUGAAAGGGCUUUUGGAAUCUUAAAGAGAAGAUUUCAUGUUUUGCACUCCGAGGUCAGAAUGAAACCAGAAAAAGUCUGUCGAGUCUUUGGUGCUUGUGCUGUUCUACAUAACAUAGCUUUAACAAGGAAUGAACCUUUGGAUGAUGUUUUUGGUGUACAUGUUCAGCAAGACCAGCCAGUGGAAGUUCCGCAUUUUGAAGGAGAACAGGAUGGUAGACACAUUAGAGAGCAUAUCGCAAGAGUUUUCUUCAACUGAAAUACAUGUUUUGAACACAAAAGAGUCUUUAUUUUUCAUCCAAUAUAAAAUUGUGAUAAAUAAUACAAGUUAUGUUUUCUCAAAACACAUGCAUUUGACAU